AUGUCUAAUGACGACAAUAAGAUAAGGGCGGCUCCGAUCAACGAGAUACAAAAAGAUAUUUUGGUGGAGUUUAUGCAGCAACAUGAAGAUCUACAAAGCGCGAAGUUUACAAAAGAGUUUACUUUCAAAAAAGCCCAAUAUCUUUGGAACGAAAUCGCCCUAAAACUAAAUGCUGUUCCAGGAGGGGCCCAUAAAGAGUGGAAGAUGUGGCGUAAAACUUGGCAGGACUUGAAGAAAAAUGUCAAGUUAAAGGCUACAAAAGACAAAUUGUACCUACAUGGAACAGGAGGGGGGCCAGAAAAUGUCACCAUUCUGGACAAUACAGAGAACACUAUACUAGAAAUGAUUCCAAAGGUAUCAACAUUUGGAGAAGCAAGUGUCGCCAUUCCAAAUGCUUACUUUGAUUUUGGUGAGACUGAAGUAGUAGUUUUAGAUGAGGCUGUAAUGCAAAAUAAAGAAAAUACUGAUGUGGAAAACUGGGACAAAUCGAUACAGGAUCAACAUGAAAUGGAUCAUGGAUAUGCUUUGCAGCCUGAACCAACAACCAGUACAUCUUUAAAUAAAAAGUUUAAAGUAGUUACAAAAACUAGAAGGCUCGAACAUUCAUUAAAAAAUUGUCAGAAGUUGGUCAAAGUCGAGGAAGCAAAAAAAGACAUUGUGGAGAAUUAUUAUAAAGAAAAAAUCAGAAAAAUGGAAAAAUCUGCCACAUCGCGCAGACAUCCCGUAAAUUCAAAACAAAAAGAAAUAUUAGUAGAAUUCAUGAAACAACAUUCCGAUUUAAAGACCGGCAGGUUUACUUCCCAAUUUACAUUUAAAAAAGCUCAGCAACUUUGGGAGGAAAUAGCAGCUAAACUAAACAAAAUAUCAAAUGGCUCACAAAAAACUGGCGUCAAUGGAGAAAGUAAUUUUUUAAUGUUACUUGUUAUUUUUCAGACUUGGCAAGAUCUUAAAAAAAAUGCAAAAACUAAAGCAUCAAAAAACAAGAUGUAUGCAAGCCAGACAGGUGGGGGACCUCCAGUAGUUGAAGUCUUGAAGAAAGUUGAAAACGAAAUCUUGGACUUAAUGACGCCCAUUGCCAUCCAAGGACUUCCAUCUAUUAAAGAAUCUUCAACUCAUUUCAACUUUGACACAGACUUCUAUGACUUAAGUAGUUUUGAUAUAAAUAAUGAUGAGGAUAUACCUAAUCAAAACCCUAGAUUGGACACUAACAUAGGAGAUAUACAUAUGGAGCAAGAAAUACAGGAUCACAGUGUAGUUAACGAUAUACAGUUUGAUGAGGUCAUUAUUGAUCAAGAAAAUACAGUACACCCUAGUACUGGUACUGGCAACAAGACUGGCAAUGACCACUCAUAUUCUUUAGAGUUUCCCGGGCCAAAAGAAAAAGGAAUCAUCCCGAAGAAGCGACUCACUAAAACCAGAAGGAUUUCUGUUAGUAACAUAUAA